AUGACGACGUCGAGUGAACCGACGGAGGAACUGACGAUCGAGGCGUUCGGGAGGGCGUGUGAGGAGGCGUACGAGGCGCUGCGUGAGGACGUGAAGCCGCUGGCGUUGGCGUACUUUGUGCGAGAGCGGCAAAGCGGGACGAUUCGGCUCGAGACGGGGACGCGACGAAGGACGAGCGACGGCGAGGAGGCGGUCGUGGCGGGACUCGUCAGGGCGAACGCGGGAGAUGAAAACGCGCGAGCGAUGGUGUACGAGGAGGAGCGGCGCAUGAAAACGGCCAUGCACGCCGCGGCACCGGGGGUGAGCAACGCGUUUCGGGAGAACGCGUGCGGACGCGUCAAGUGCUCGGCGGCGACGAGAAACGGAGACCCAGGACGACGAUCGAGCGUCGGCGCGGUGAACGGCGCGGUGAAUGGGGCCAAGGCUGGUGGUGGUGCGCCGCCGCGAGCGAGCGGCGCCGCUCAUGCGGCCGGGGCGAAGGAUGGUGAUGCGGUGAAAAAGGAGGCGGGCGGACCAAAGACGCAUUCAUUGAUGUCCAUGUUCGCGAAUGCGCCCAAGCCCAAGACGGCGGCGACGAAGGUCGCAGAGGCGAAGAAAGCGACGACACCAAAGACGAUGACGCCACCAAAGCCAAAGGUGACGACAACGCACAAACCAAAGGCUCCCGCGAACGCGGACGCGGCGAUUUUGGCCGCCGAAGAGGACGAGAGCGAAGACGACGAUUCGGACGACGAACUCGGCGCGGAGCGAAAACCGAGAAGGAAACGCGCGGUGAUGAUUGAGUCAGAGGACGAGGAGAGCGAAGAAGAGGCGGAGGCGAUGGAAAUUAAUGACGAACCUGAGGCUGCGCGAACGCCGACGCCAAAGAAGAAGCCGGCAACUCCCAAGAAAAAGCCGGCUACUCCCGAGAAAAAGCCGGCUACUCCGAAGAAGACGCCACCUUCCUCUAAGCGCAAGGCGGUGGCGACACCCACGAAGGACGAAGAGAAUGAUGAGAAUCUCGCGAACGACGCACCGAGCCAACCAAACUCCCGCCCGCAGUCUGUGACGAAGAAACCGAAGAAGGAAAAGGGUUUGUCAAAGAAGGCGCUCUUGGCACGCCGCAUCAAGAAAACCAUCGAAGAAAUGGAUGAAGAAACGGGCGAAGAGACGAUGCGCACGAUCUACGUCGACGAGUUCGACAAUGAGCUCAACGAUGACGGUACGUACAAGGAUCCAGAAAACGUGAAAACGGUCAAGGCUUGA